AUGUCCCAUUUGUUAAUUUCUUACCUUAUUUUCUUUUGUCUUUUCUUUUCAAUAACUAUUUGUCAUGCUUUAAAUAAUGGUUUUAGCGUCGACCUCAUUCAUCGUGAUUCUAUUAAGUCACCACUCUAUAAUCCUGCUGAAACUAAAUUGCAAAGAAUUUUUAAUGCCGUGCAUCGUUCUAUCAAUCGUGCUACUCACUUCAACCGUAAAAAUUAUUCUUCUAAAGCCAAAUUUGAAUCAACUUUAACCUAUGAAGACGGUGAAUAUCUCAUGAUUUAUUCAAUUGGUACCCCACCAUUUAAGGUAUAUGGCAUGAUAGAUCCAGGUAGUAACUUAAUUUGGCUUCAAUGUAAACCUUGUAAUUAUUGUUACAACCAAACAUAUCCUAUAUUCAAUCCUUCAAAAUCUUCAAGUUACGAAAAUAUUUCAUGUUCUUCUAAAACAUGUAAAUCUGCGGAAGAUACAUCUUGUUCUCAUGAUAAAAAUGUUUGUGAAUACACAUAUGAUUAUGGUCGUGGAGAAAAGACUGAAGGAAAUAUUAUUGAAAAGACACUUACACUAGAUUCUACUUCCGGCUCUAGUGUAUCAUUUCCUAAAAUUGUGAUAGGAUGUGGACACACUAAUCACAUAUCAUCUAUUGGUCGGAGUUCAGGAGUAAUUGGAUUUGGAAGUGGACGUACGUCCCUUAUAAAACAAUUAGGAUCUUCCAUUGGUGGUAAAUUUUCCUACUGUUUAAUUGAUGAAAAUAAUAGUCAAUCAAAUUUAUCUAGCAAACUUAAUUUUGGCAAUGCUGCCAUUGUGUCCGGAGAAAGCGUUGUUUCAACUCCUAUGGUCAAAAUUAUAGGCAAUUAUAAAGACUAUUAUUUUCUUAAUUUAGAAGCAUUUAGUGUGGGAAACAAGAGGAUAACGUAUGAAGGAUUUAAACAUAAAGGAAUAAAUGCUUCUACGCAUAACAUCAUCAUUGAUUCAGGUACAACUGUGACGAUUUUUCCACAACAUUUUUACAAUAGACUAGAAUCAGCGGUUAGAAAAGUGGUCAAACUUAAACGAUUUCAAGAUGACACUGGUUCAUAUAAUUUAUGUUACAAUACAACAUCCAAACAACCAAAUUUUCCGGUAAUUACUGCACAUUUUAGCGGUGCAGAUGUUAAGUUAUAUUCCAACAACACUUUUGCUCCAUUUCCAUUUUAUGAAGGAGUCAAAUGUUUUGCUUUUCGCGGAUCUCGUUAUGGAGCAGGCAUCUUUGGAAGUUUGCAACAAAUGAACUUUUUGAUAGGUUAUGAUCUCAAUAAACAGAUUGUUUCAUUCAAGCCUACUGAUUGUACCAAGCUUUAA